GACAUCCUCAAUAUGUUGCACGCACCGGUGACUGCCUGUCACCCGCAGCCUCUCUGCAGCCAAACAGCCUCUUCGAGAAACGGGUCAGUCCCCGCAGAGCUGGUCAUCCAUAUGGGGGUGGGGGCUCCUCCCUCCAUCCAUCCAUCAUCCAUCCAUCCAUCCACAGUGCGUUGCCUUGACCUCACAUAGCCUCUGUGCCCCGACGAACGUCAAUCCGAUGUGCCCCGAGUCCUUAAAUUAGCUGUCAAUUAGUGCAAAUUAAUCAACUCCUCGCCUAAUUAAGCAAUGUCGACGGGCAGCUACCAAACAUGCCAUUGUGGAGGAGCCAUGAGAAAGCUGCGGGGCAUGCAAACUCUUUCUGUACUGGGGGGGGAAGCAUUGCAUCACAUCACGCCCUGCAAGUGCUUUGGGAAAGCAGAGGCUCUGGCUGUGCUUUAGUUUUUCCCCUGACUCGGCUCUACAUGUGUGCUGUCAUCAAGUUGCCUUCACCCUGUUUCAACACCGAGGAUGCAGCUUGAUUCAGCACUGCAGAGACUGAACCACAGCAGCGUCUUGCAUAAGAGGUUUCUGUCCUCGUACAUAUGUGCAAAAUCUACUGGGGAUCAGUUAUCGCAUUCAGUUAUAUUUCCAGUUCUACUGUGACUUUCCUGCAAAGACAAAGUCGUCUGUUUAUUCAUUAUCACAAAUGCAUUUCAAGCUUGUCACAUCAGCAGGAUUUGAUAUUCAUUAUAGUGGGCGGUUUUUGCUUACAGCUGCUUAUCAGUUUUUGACCUGUUUGAAGGUGACAGGCUGGAUACGUUUAUCACUGCUUAUUCAUAUCUGGGCUGUUAACAUUUCUAAGGUUUAAGGACACUUUGUUCCUAAUUUUUACAUUAGGUCUAAAAAAAAUGCCACGAAAGGAACAGGAGUAGGGAGCAGAGAAAGGAUGUGAGGUUUUUUUGGGGGGGGGGCAGAGGCAGAUAAACAAAACAUUUCCCAACAGCUGUUAUCUUUUUAAUCUGCAGCCGUCAGAUCAUGCUGGUCUUUGAUGGGCAACCCAAUCUACACGAAUGACUGAACUAAAUCUUCCCUUAAUCUAGAGCCUUAUUAGGCAGCAUCUCUUCUGCAUGUAAAUCAGCACGCAGUCAUUUUCAUAGGACAUGGAUUAUUAAAAGCCAUACAGAGAGGAGACGUUUUGCACUAUCAACAAACAAACAAGCAAAAAAGCGUGUAUAGAUUGCAGCAGAAGUGAUGAUGGAGUGAGGAGGAGCAGUAACUUGCCUGUAAUUGACGGGUCUUCCUGACUCACCCUUCCAUGUGAAUAAAUGACUUGAUCCCAACAGGCUGAUGUGUCAUUAGCAUAUCCUAAUAACAUUGAUUUCUUUAUUAAUAGAAUUUCCACUAAAUAGGCCCUAAUUAGUUUCAACUGCCCAGCCAUUAAUUGCAGCAGCAAUAUUUUUCUCCUUCUUAAUCAGCAGCUCAUACUGAUACAUACAUAAGAUUACAUCAUAAGCAAACAGGAAAGCAACAUAUACUCAUGUGAUUCCAUGGGUUUUCAUUUUGGCACAAAUAUUUCAAAAUUGGCUUUACGAUAGUGAAGAGCAUUCCCUCUUUUGCUUGACACUGAAACACCAAGAAGGAAGGAUGGACUGCAUCUUUAAUAUUGUUAGAAUAAAUAGGGCUAUUAAUAUAAGCACAUGACCCAACAUAAUCCUGUUUCUUUCUGCAAUUGUGUCAUAAAGCAACCAAAUUCACAUUUUUAAAAUUAGGCCUACAUGCAAAGACUGACGGCAAUUAAAAAUGCAAAUGCAAAAAUCUCACUUAUUGUAUUCAAAAUGCAAUAAUAAACCAGCAUGACACCAAAAUGUUCUGCCAUAAUUUCACUAAAGUUAAUGCCUACAUGACUUAUAUACCAGCCAUAGCCAUUAUUCAGUGUUCAGUGUGUUCAGAUGAGUUUUAAUUAGUGAAGGUUGCAUGCCUAUAUUAUUAUUAUUAUUAUUAUUAUUAUACAUAAGAUAGUAAUUCAUCAAAAAUCAGUUAAUUAUAUAUCAGUUUUACACUUGUGAUCCAUAUUCUGUAUCCGAGGAAAUGUCCCUGUGAUUGAAUCUGCUCUGCAUCCUUUGCUGCUGCUGCUGCUGUGGGAUCAGCGCUGUGCAGGACCUGUAGACCAAAGUGGGUCCAUAUCGCCCAGCUGCCGUUUGGGGGGGGCUUUGAUUUGCGUGUGAUGAGUUUCCCAUAGCAUCUGGAGAUCAAUUAUCCACUCGUGUGAGCCAGUGGUUGAGAGAUCAUAGCUGGCUGUGUGUGUGUGUGUGUAAACCAUUCAGCGAAAGGCAAUACAUAGGCCUUCUGAUUUAUUCUAGGAGAUUGAGGUAAUUCUCUAAACCUGCAGCAUUUCAAAGGUAAGUAAGACGAUUUAAUUAGGCCUGACUUCUUAACAAAAAAUUAUAAAAGCAAUGAUGCAUCUGCAGUGAGUUUGUAAUGGUUUAAGUAAGGAAUGGUGUUUGUUACUAUGAGUCUAAUGGUGAAAUACUGUAGUUUUAAUGUUCCUAAAAUAUGUAGGAUUCCAGGUUCUUUUUUGUACAGUAAUGUAGUUUUCAUUCUCAGCAUUUCGCAUUUCGUCCUGCAGCCUUGAAGUCAUUUCGUUCCUCCCUUUCUUUCUGUAGCCUAAUUCCCUUCUGCUUUUACCCAUAGUCCUGAGGAAAAUGCAGAUAUGUAUCCGAGAGGGCGUAUAAUGCAUCCAUGAUCCACAGGAAUCCAGAAUCCUUGCAGCUGAUUGGCUGCUGGGUCCUGCCUCUUGUUGGGAUGGACCUGUUGGAUAAAAGCACCAUUUUCUAAAGGACUCUUGUGUGUUAUACAGAGGAUCAUGCACUGGGGACCAUCCUGUAAGACGGUAUAAUAAGAAACAGGCCUUUCAAGUAGCAUCGAAGAUAUCAUGACAGGGAAACAAGGCGCCGUGCUGUCGGAAAGUUUAAAUCUGUCGGAGAAAACCUCUCUGGGUGCAAAUGGAGGGAGUAACAGCCACCAGCCGAAGAGCGGCGCGACCCACCCGCCUCCCAGGUGCACCGGCUUUGGCAUCCAGGAGAUACUGGGGCUGAAUAAGGAGCCGUCCGCGGCCCCGAGGAGCCCGCUGGGCUCGCUGCCGGCCGGGGCGCACCUGAUCGCCGCCAGGUCCUUGCUGGGCCCCGCAGGCGUGGGUAUGGGUGUCGGGAUGGGAUUAAUCGGCCAUGGUGGAAUUCCGUCGUUUUACAGCCAACCAGCGUUUUUGGAGACUGUGCUGUCGGACGCACAAGAUGUUCACCUGCAGACACACAGCAGGUCCGUAGGGCCGCUGGACACCAGCCAGUCUGCCAGCUCAGACUCCGAUGAUUUAUCUUCAAAUGAACGAAAACUCUCAAAGUCAUCAGUAAGUCAGAGCAAGAAACGCAAGAAAAGACGUCACCGGACCAUAUUCACCUCAUAUCAGCUGGAGGAGCUGGAAAAGGCCUUUAAUGAAGCGCACUACCCGGAUGUUUAUGCCCGAGAGAUGCUGGCCAUGAAAACAGAGCUCCCUGAAGACAGGAUACAGGUAUGGUUUCAGAACCGCAGAGCCAAGUGGAGGAAGAGGGAGAAAUGCUGGGGCCGUAGCACUGUGAUGGCAGAGUACGGGCUGUACGGAGCCAUGGUGAGGCAUUCAAUCCCCCUGCCAGAGUCCAUCCUCAAGUCUGCCAAGGAUGGCAUCAUGGAGUCCUGCGCCCCCUGGCUGCUCGUCCAAGAUGGCUUACCAAUCAACAGACGCUAUUCUAAAUCUGAAUACCCGCAACUCUUUGCAGGGAUGCACAAAAAGUCCACGGAGGCAGCAGCUCCCCCGCCAACAGGAAAGUGCGAUGCGCCCCAGCAGCCGAGCUCUCAGAGGGCAGAGGAAGCUGAGGUGGAGGAGAAGAGGUCAGAAGGCAAGUCCACCAUUUCUAAAGAGGAACUGAGAGAGAACAGCAUUGCUGCACUCAGGGCCAAAGCACAGGAGCACAGUGCCAAAGUGCUGGGGACGGUUUCGCAUGACAGACUGCUGGAGGGCAAACAGGAGAGACAGGCGGCCGAGGAGAAAGCCAGUGAUCCCCCGAGUCCAGCAGAGGAGGAGAAAAGUCCGUAGAGACUAUGCGCUCCUGGGGACUGUUAUUCUCGUGAGUGAAUGCAGUGGCCUGGCUGCCUUCAGCACGUGUAGGGACUUACCCAACAUAACUCGCUGUCCUGCAGGUUUUCAUCCCUCAUUGACUGCUCUAAACUGGUCUGCAUCUGGACUUCACUGGUUCUGCACAGAAGAUGCAAAUGCACUUUUUCUGAUUUACUUCCGAACUUACAGUUGUUGUUGCUUGCGCACAGUAGAGAAGAUUUGACUGAGUGGGAUUAAAAGUGUUAAUAUUGGUGUAUAUAGAUCCCACAAAUAUAUAUAGAGCCAGAUGAGUAUAGUAACAGUUAUAACACAUUAAUUAGGACUACCAAUGACCAAUGAGCAGUCAGUGUCUGACGGUCUACAUUUCAUUCUCAGCAUUCAUUUUAAUGUUGCUUGUACAGCUAUUAAAUGGUGACAUUUGAAAUAACAACCAUCCCACCAACAGUACUCUUUCUCUCUCUCAGAAAGAAAGAAAGUAAUUGCUGUUCUAUAUCGCGCUGUAUAUAAUUGAUAUAUUAAUCUCUCUCACUAAGGCACAAUUUGAAAUAUGUUUUCUUGUAGUCUUUAAAAUGUUUGUGUUUUCAUUUGAAAAUAUGUAUAACUCAAAAUACAAAGCAUAAAAUAGAAAUCACCUUUUAUUAAAUGUGGCUUUUUGGUGUCUAUUUA